AUGAACCCCACCCCUCACCCAAAAAUCCAAAAAAUUCGUGACUACCAAGAGAAAAACCGCAUUAUUUUGAUAGGUUUAGUCACAGUCACAAUUAUUUUAGUCACAGAUCUUUUGUAUCUUGCGCCUAAGAAAGGGUCGAUGUUUGGGACAAACUUUAUGGCACCGUUAACUUUAGCUUGUGUAGUCAUGACUGGGGCUAUGACUAUAAAAUACAUAAACAGCGACUUAGAAGCCAAUAAAGCAAUAAAUUCAAUAAACUACGCACAAAUUCACUAUGAAAAUAAAGAAAUCAUAGAAAAUCAAGAGCAGGUUAUUAUAAGUCAUUCACAGGUCGUAGAGGAAUGAAUGAAAAAGAAAGGGAUUGAUAUGAAAAUCAGACAGUGGAUUAUGAAUGUCAGACAAUGGUACUCAAAAGAGCUGAUUCCUUAUAUACUGAAUUCUAAUGUGGAAAAUAUCAUGCAAUUGAAUAAAUUAUUAAAAGAAUUCACCAAAAAAUGCGAAAAACACUGGAUUUAUGAAGGGUCUUUUGAUGAUAUAAAAGGCUUUGAACUUACACAUGACGAAAAAACUGUCUAUAAAAGGGUCAGUAUAAGGGAUAUUCAGGACUUGAUAAAAGACCUGAAAUUCAAUUAUACACUGGAUUUAGAGCUUUCGAAAAAGGAGUCAGCAAUCCCAGGUGACUCCAGCAAAGAAGAAGCUUUAAAAAGACUCCAGCUUGCUGACAUAGUCCGCCAACGGCUACUUUUAGACAAUUUUUUUGAAAUUCCAACCUUUAACUGUCGGAAUUUCGUAAUUUCUCGGCUUUAUACCUUGUCAAGCACUUUAUCUCUAAAAGACUACCAAGCUUCCCCAGCAGUUUCUGACAACUCGUGGACCUCCCGCAAGCCAAGCGACCCUCAAAUCCUUUCCCACCUUUUCUUCCGCCUCUUAAACAACCUUAACAACCCUACAGUUGACCCUAAUUUUAAUAUGUUUUCUGAAAUAGUGACUGAAGCUCCCCCUAGCUCAAUGCACAUCUCCAAAGUCCUUUUUUACCAAACCUCACGAAUCCCUACCUUUGAAAUCUUAUCAGGGAGUGAAAUUUGAACCCCUCACAAAGACUCAGACAACCUUUUCAGCGCAAUAGCACUUUUCUUAUAUCAUGUACAGCAAAAAAAUAAUGGUUAUUUCUAUAGUAUGGACUGUAGAGACUUCUUUAAGUUAAUAUACAUUUUUUUAUAAAUUAAGCUGAAAUCUCUAUAAGUUUAUCAAUUAUUUUUAUAUAUAUUUUUUUAGUAUAUAUUAA